CCGACUGACUGUGACUGGUCUCUCAUUCGGCCGCUGAGCGCUCAAAGCAACGAAUAUCACGUCGACGAUCUAGUGAGGCCGGAUCACAGAAGUUCACCAAAAUGCCCAGGAUAGACAACGACAUCAAGCUAGAUUUUAAGGACGUCCUCCUACGACCGAAAAGGUCAACCCUGAAGAGCCGGUCGGACGUAGAAUUGGAGCGAACCAUCACAUUCCGCAAUUCAAAGCAGACAUGGACUGGCAUUCCAGUGAUUGCUGCCAACAUGGACACAGUGGGAACUUUUGAAAUGGCAAAAACCCUUGCAAAGCAUAAAUGCUUCACAACCGUGCACAAACAUUACAGCAUUGAUGAAUGGAAACAGUUUGGAGAGAACAACCCAGAUGUAUUGGAGUUCGUAGCGGCGUCCUCCGGUAUUUCUGCAUCAGACUGGGAACGUCUUCAACAAAUUCUCUCUGCCCUUCCAAAUAUCAAAUUCAUUUGCUUGGAUGUUGCUAAUGGUUACUCGGAGGUCUUUGUUGAAUAUGUAAGGAAAGUCCGCAAAAAUUAUCCUGAACACACCAUUUUGGCUGGAAAUGUUGUGACAGGAGAGAUGGUUGAAGAGCUUAUUCUCUCUGGUGCAGACAUUAUCAAAGUUGGUAUUGGUCCUGGAUCAGUUUGUACCACCCGCAAGAAAGCAGGUGUUGGUUAUCCACAGUUGUCUGCUGUGAUUGAGUGCGCAGAUGCUGCUCAUGGACUUGGUGGCCAUAUUAUAUCUGAUGGUGGUUGCACAUGCCCUGGAGAUAUUGCAAAAGCUUUUGGUGCUGGAGCAGAUUUUGUCAUGAUGGGUGGAAUGCUUGCUGGACACGACCAGUCUGGUGGCGAGAUAAUUGAACGAAAUGGAAAGAAAAUGAAGCAGUUUUAUGGAAUGUCUUCAGCCACGGCAAUGCAGAAGUAUUCAGGAGGUGUAGCUGAAUACAGAGCAAGUGAGGGAAAAUCUGUGGAAAUCCCCUACAGAGGGGAUGUAAAUUGCACCAUUUUGGAUAUUCUUGGUGGACUGCGGUCAGCCUGUACAUACACAGGAGCUGCCAAGCUGAAAGAACUUCCAAAGCGCACAACCUUCAUUCGAGUAACUCAACAAACUAAUGAAAUCUUCGCUGGCCUUCCUGCUGAGAAGAGUUCAUGAUCACUUUGCAAGAUAUUCACCUUUUAAAACACUGAAAAUCCUCUACAGACUCUUGUCAUCAUUUACGCAUCAUAGGUAAUUAUAUUCUGUCUACGUACUUACUUACCUAGCAUUCUUUAUCUAGUGCCAAAUUCACCAAAUUAGCAAAGUUGACAGGUUGUAGUCUACUGGAAUAAUCAUUUAGUGCACUUGAUUCCUAAUGCCCGAUUGAAGUUUCAGUACAUUAUAAUAAUUGAAAUUAAAUCACAAAUUCUUAGAGUGCAUAUUGCUAGAGACCAUGAAAAGGAGAAGCUUUCUUGCUGUUUAGCUCCCUCCACGGGAACUGCUGAUCUAUGGUACAUCAAGGUGUUGCAGGUAAUCCAGUACUAAUACCUAAUGAUUUUAUUAUAGUAAAGAAUUUUUUUUAACUACUAUUGGAAAUGAGUGAUUGACAAAAAAAUGCAAGUUCUGAAAGCAUAACUGUAAUAACUUAUAGUAUUAAUGUACUUGCAAUUUUUCUUUUUCUUAACUGCAAUUGUCAGUGACCAUAUUAUCUCUUGUGCUAUGUGCUUACAUACACACACUUGCCAAUUUUUGCACAAUCAAAUUAUGUAAUCAACAAUAAAAUGUAUAUAAAUCA